AUUGGCCAACUAUUACCUAAACAUUCAGGCAAGCGAUUGAAAAUAUCGAAUUUCAUGGUUUAAAUAUUUGCGAUUUUCCGCCACUUGUUUUGGCAGUUUUCCUCGGCGGUGGCGCUGUUGUUGCAGGAAAAUCGAAGCCCUCAAUAUAAACAGUGGUUAGCAAACAUGCUGCGGAAAAAAGUGGUGGAAAACUGUACGAUGUGAAUAAAAUCUCAGCAUUUUUCGACUCAUUUAUAUUAUAAUUGCCAGUUUUGGGACGAAUCCGUAAUCCGCUUCCAGUUUCCAGUUAACAAUGAAUGCACACGAUGGCGGCUAUUCCUCGAAUGAUCACAUCUAGAUACUUGUCCCUCAUCGUCAUAAUGUUCUGUUUGGUGUCCACAUUUUUUUUCCUGCUCAACAACGUCCAAACUGCUCGAAAUGCAAAAAUCGUCGACUUGCCAAGCGCUCGGCGUCUAAGACUGCCUGGAGAAUUCUCCAAGUACUUGAAGCCAAAGGCCAGCGGGAGUUACUGCAAGAUGAACUUCGGGCUUCCGACUCAGCUCGCUUAUGCCAAGAAUAACAUAUCAGGAACACCAGAAUUGAAGGAAAGCAGCGAAUUUCGCAUCCUAUACAAUGUGAUUGAGAGUCAACUAGGAGAUGAGGAUCCAGGAGUAACUUAUGUCACUCAAUUGACCAAAGAAUUUGUCUUGCAUUUAGCCGAAAUCGUCAGAUAUUGGGAAGGAGCAGUGAGUGUAGCAGUCUACAUCCCAGAUGGGAACCCGAAGGAUAUUUUACAAAGCAUUUUGCACUUCUGCUACUGCAUUCCUCAGAUGUCCAGACUUUCCUUGCAUUUGGUGUUUAAGAAGGAUUCAGAACCCAGUUUCUACCUGAGCAAGCCAAUGCCUCCUCAAACUUGUGAGGCUAACGAGCUCACUAGAACGUCGAUUAACAGCAAUAGCAGCCGCGACACGAAACCUCAUGAGUUUAGAUCGAAAGCUUCGCUCAUUAUUGUAGAUCCCACCAACUGGUAUCCAAUAAACGUGUGUCGAAACGCGGCCAGAGAAGCCGCCAAGACUGACUUCGUUUUAGUAUCCGACAUUGAGCUGAUGCCUAGUAAAGGUCUAGCGAGUCGAUUUAUCGACAUGACCGAAAGCUACAAGUGCGAAGCACCCAACUGUAAAAAACGAAUAUUUGUGGUACCCGUUUUUGAGGUGGACAGUAAGGAAGAUCUUCCGCGUAACAAACGGCAGCUGGUGAAUCUCAUGCGAGAUCACAAGGCUGUGUAUUUCCAUCAGCUCACUUGCGUACAUUGCCAGAAGUUUCCAGGGCUGGACCAGUGGAAGGAAAGCGAACCUGGAGAUAUAAUCAAACCUUUGCUGGAAACCAAACGCGAAAUUCCAUAUCACCGAUGGGAACCCAUCUACAUCGGCACCAGAACCGAGCCAAUAUACUCCGAGAAACUUUCAUGGGAAGGGUUCCAAGACAAAAUGCUCCAGAUGUACGAAAUGUGUCUGAAUGGAUACACAGUUGUGCUUCUGGAUGGUGCGUUUUUGGUCCACUGGCCGGGAAUUAAGACCGCCAAGCGCAAAGACGAGCCUUGGAGGGUGCCCUAYGUGAAGAAGAAUCAAGAUGUUUACAAUGAAAUGUUGGAGAAAAUCCACCGAAAGUACAGCAAGAAUCCCAAGUGCGGCGAACAGAAACCGAGYUAGAAGCUGCCAGAUUCGGGGGUYUUUUUUAUACAURAUCUCGAUGGAGGAUGCGACCUCUUGAAAAWCGAAUGUUGCUGCUAGAAACUGGAUACAUGAAUGAACAUUUGGGCUUMAUCAUUUCCGUUKGUUCUGUACCUAUGGCUUUUUGYAUCCGCAAAAACUUUUGCUYGUUGAAAAAGUGUGUUAGUAUUGCAUGAAUAUGUUUCUGUCGUUUUUGCCAACAUCGAUUGAGUCGACUUGCGUUAAAAUGCGAUGAAAUUGGAACUUUUGCAAUUAAUCUCAAUCUAUUUCACUUGCUUCUUCCACUCCAUGUUUAUUUAUUUAUUUAUUGAACUGUUUGAAAUGUGAUUCUUUAACUUCGGUACGUUUGAUUUCUUCUCAUACGGUUUUGCGUAGUCAUGGAAAGCCCUUCUCGAAAAAUUUGCGCUAUCGAGAACAUUUCAAUGACAUCUAGGUGACAAUAAUUCUCAAUGGAAUAUGAAUAUCUUGAUAAACUUUUCGAUAAAAACGUACAUUUAUUUGGUUUGCUGAACUUGAAAAUAAGAUAGUCCAGAAUGUCUAUAUUCAGGUUUCAUCAUGGAGUCGCAUUUCCCACUUUGAAAUCAACGUUGUUUUUGUAAAUAAUUAUUUAUUUAUUUUUUUGUAAUACUUAGCUAUAGUUACUGUUUUAGUCCAGACAUUAAAACCGUUUUGAAUUUUA